ACGAUCACUCACAACCCUCCCGCGAAAAAAAAAAAGGCUAAGGAGCAACAGAACAGGAAAAUAAGCCUGCUUAGUUAAGUCAUCGUCUUCUCGUUUUUCUCUCCUAUUUCUCGCGUUGCAAUCUCGCCGCCGGAGAUCGUGUUUUCCGGCGCCGGGACCCGCUCUAUCGACAAAUCACCUCCGGCGGCUCUGCUUCGUACGAGACACGUAUCCUGGAUUAUAUCUACAACGGUAAUGGAUGGCUCACCUCAAACCACAAAUUCUAACCCUGACAAAGUGUUAGAUCCUGACAAUGCUCAAACUGGGAUGGCAGAUAAUGAUCAGCGUUUUCUGCUGUUCUUCAUCAUGGGUACCUACUUUGGCCCUGAUAUCAAAGGGGAGAGCCCCCAAAAGUCAGUUUUGCAGAGAAUCGCUGAGGGACUCCCACUAUAUACCUCUGAUCAGCUGGCUGGGUCACAAAUCAAAACAUUGGAGAUAGAACGGAUAUACCAUUAUGUUCUUAGAAAGGCUGACCAAUCUUUUGUAGUUUUAUUACCUUUAUUGCGCCAGUUCUUCCAGGGAGAUCUUCCUAAACACGUAGAAAACCCAAGUGCCAGCUACCCUCAGUUUCCCGAUCUCUUUCCUCUCUCACUUCAUCUACAUCCACGGCACAGAAGCCAAAACAAGACUGUUGAAAACAUUGUUUUUAUUAACGAGCCAGAGAUAUUUUACAUUGACCAAAAGGAUAUCAAAAGAUUCAGGAGGCUAACUGGGCUGGAGGACUUUGUUCUUGAUGAAGAUGCUGCAAGGUUGCACGUUACUGAUGGUGAAGUUUCACAUAUUGGGGAAGUUGAGGUGAAUGAUCCUGAUGAAGAUUGUGAAUCUAAGAAAACAAGACGAGUAGAUGAGCUGCUCGAGUUGGAUGAUCCUCUGAAACAUGAUCAUCUAAUGGUUCAUCUCAAUAGCGAUCUGGUCGACAGAGCUGGCCCAGCUAUGGUAUUUCUUCCUUUUCCAACUAAAUCAGAGUUGUCUAACAUAGUAGCUGCCACUAAGAGUGGAUUUGCGUUGACUGGGAGUGCAGCCAUGGGGAAUAUGGGGCCAAGCAUAGGACUCAUGGACAUUGGAGAAUGCGAGGACUCUUACUUGUUUCGCAUAUCUCUUCCAGGGGUGAAAAGAGAUGCAAGAGAUUUCAGCUGUGAAGUUGAAAGUGAUGGGAAAGUAUUGAUAAGAGGAGUUGCUACAACGGGUGAGAAGACAGUGUUGAGGUACUCCCAAAUGUUUGAAAUGCAGACGCAGAACCUCUGCCCGGCUGGGCGUUUCUCCAUCUCAUUUAAGCUCCCCGGUCCAGUUGAUCCUCAACAGUUCUCAGGUAAUUUUGGCACUGAUGGGAUUCUCGAGGGAAUUGUUAUGAAAGAGAGAGAUGGUAGAUCAUAUGAAUAAGCUGGUGCCUUGUUGAAUAAUUAGUCGUUGUAAAUUUUGCUAAAACAAUCGGCUGAAAAACCUUAAAUCACCAUGAAUGCAAUGGCUAUA